GGGCCCACUUCAUGUUUCGUGAAAAUGCUCCCUCCCCAAGGUGAAAAAAUAGCUGCCCUCGGAAAGAGCAGUCCAGUGCAUGACACUUGCUGCACAUGAACGCGGACAACCAUUUGAUGAGUCUCCCCUUUCUUUUUCUUUUUUUCCCUCUCCCUCCCACGAAAAAUUUAUCCUUAACAUGGUAACAAAACUUCCAUUGGUAACUUUCUUUUUUUUAAGUACAUGUGAAAAAGGUGAUUUCCUUGAAUAUCGCAGCGAGCGCAAACACGUAGGCCCACACAUUUGGGGGGAAAAAGAGCCAAAAGGAAAGGCAAAACGGUAGGGUGAUGACAUGGAGUAGUGGUGCGCCACAAUAGCAGCACGCAUUAUACCUUGUAGGGACCUCCCCCCCGGUGAUAGCUGGCUAUCUUGCUUCUCCCGAUUCUUCCAGUUAUCCCGUGAAAAUGCCACGUGUUAGGGAAGCCCUGCUCAUCUUGUACUCCGCGCUGCUGCCCCCCUUGGCGCUCAUCCCCCCGGUGCUGAAAACCAACUGCCUGCACGUAGGAAACGACUUUCUACACGCGGGGAAGGACUACCUGCGCGACCUUCUAAAAAUGGGCGUAUUUGAACAGAACGGCAAAAAAAUAAGAAAGGAGGUGUUCGAAAAUAUAAACCGCACACACGAAACCUACUCGUCAUGCAAAACCUGCAUCAAGCUGAUUCAGCUGAUAGGCAAAAUAAUAAAAAAGAAAAGAGAGCCAUAUGUAGACAUAGCCAUAGAAGACACCCUGGAAAAGAACCUAUGUGACUCAAACCUCUGGCACGAACAUUUCAACUACGACGAAUUGUUGUAUAGUGAACACGUCCUCGAGUAUUGCAAGGCCACUCUGAAGCUCACUAGGGAUAGUAUAGAGCAGCACAUCUACCAGUUUUACAAUAAGGAGGAAUUAUUUUACCGGACAGUCUGCUUACAUAUCAACCCGAUAUGCAAAACCGCCAUUGAGGAGGAGAGAAGCAGCCUCAGCAGGGACUCCAAAGUUAAACUGAUCUAUCAGCUCUACUGUGACUACUUAACUGGAGAGGAACACUACAGCCAAACGAGCCAAGGCGUGCCGUAUAAAAAAAUCGAACCCGCAGAGAGCUCAAAUUUAACCCUGAAGAGAGGCGACUACGCAGUUGUCCAAUCGGAAAUUCGGACAAUGCACCAAAAAAUUUUGGCUGACGAUUUUGCAGCCAGGAAAUUGAGACUGCUUCGAGUUAGUGAGCUUGCGGACGACGUACUGGAGGUCUUCCUACGGAUGAAGCAGCAGGACGUCUUCAAGUUCCUAUUUUAUUGCAAAUCGUGUGAAGACCCCAUACUGGAAGUCAAAAUUAAAAUACACCGAGUAUCGGACGAUGGAGAUGCCAUCCUUAAGGAGAGUUACCCGGACGAUAUAAUCACAAAUGAUAGGCACUUUUUACUAUACAAACAGCCCGCUACAUGA